AUGGACUCAAUAUUUUGGGAAUCAAGCAAGAUGCAAAGGCGAAAACAGAGGCAAACUCUUGCUGGGUUCCUUGAUGGCCAAGUUUCCACCAUAAGGCCGCGCUACGACAGUUUACUACCGUAUGGUCACAGGGGAUGGGUUUAUUCUGACGAGAAAACAAUCAACAAGGCCUUGGUGCACGGAAUUGAGACAAUGAUUAGAUUCCAAAGGUGA